AUGGACGACAGAGUUGUUUUGUGUUAUAUGGAUUUUCUGUGCGACGAAUUCACGACCGAUGUGUACCAUAAAAAAAUUAAAACGAUGAUACGGGAAAACAAGAGGAGAAUAUAUAUCGAUAUAAACGACGUACGUAAGUACAACAUUGUUAGAGCUAAUGCAUUGUUAAACAAUUUUUUGGUAGAAGAGGUAGCACUUAAGCGUACCAUUAAAGAAUGUGUCCAAUGCAUAGACCCAUCUUAUGCAAAUAAAAACGAUGAGUUUUUUGUUGGCUUUUAUGGUGCGUUUGGCUCGAAUCAUGUUACGCCUAGGACCUUAAGGUGCAAGUUUUUAGGCCGGUUAGUUUGUGUGGAUGGGGUUGUAGCAAUGACGUCGGAUGUACAGUCAGUAAUAGUGAAAAGUGUCCACUAUUGUCCCGCCACUAGAAAAAUGCAUGAGCAUACACAUACUGACUUUAUAUCGACCUCAUAUAGUUUUGACAUUGCUACUUCAAAUUGCACUUAUCCAAGUAGAGAUAAUGAGGGCAAUCUGUUGGAGACAGAGUUUGGCAUAUCAGUGUUCAAAGAUCGGCAGUCCUUGAUUAUUCAAGAGUCCACUGAAAACAGCCCAGCCGGGCAAGGUGUCCGGUCUGCUGAUGUAGUAAUUGAGCAUGAUUUGGUGGAUAUGUGCAAACCGGGUGACAGGGUCAUGAUUAUUGGUCAUUAUCGUUCUUUUCUGCCACCAAAAGGCAGCAUUUUUUUCAAAACUAUGCUCAUUGCCAACAACAUUGUUUUGAAAAAUGCUAAUUUUUCGGUUGACCGGUCCGACUUCACGAAGUGCAGGGACCUAGCAAACACAGAACAAUAUAAUAUAUUUGAUUUAUUGGCUAAUUCGAUAGCCCCCUCCCUCUAUGGGAAUAUACUCGUGAAAAGGGCAAUAGUAUGUUUGUUGUUAGGCGGUGUUGAAAUUACUCUACCAAACAAAUCGCGCAUACGUGGAGACAUACAUAUGUGUUGGAGCCCGUUGCUAAAGAAAAGUACAGCUUGGUUUUUGGUUCAAAUAUAA